UGUAAUAAUUGUAAUAAUAAUACAGCUCCCAUCGGCGACGUUGGCAAAGACCCGUAAAUAUAAUCUCACGCUCUCGAGCAACGCGCGCGCGUGUGUUUGUGUCGCGAGCCGCUCUCGCCAGUGUGAAUUGGAUUUUUUCAACCCGUGUGUGUGUGUGCUUCGUGUUAUCGUCGUUCUUGUCGUCUAUACCGCGCAAAAGAAAAAAAUGAUGCAGAAUCCGCGCGAUUACAUUAACCCAGAAGUAGCAGAAGAAGCCUGUAGCAGGAUGCGUCACAUGAGCUUGAAGGAUAGCGAGGAGUACGUCAGAAGCUUGUACCUAGAGAUGACCGCCGCCGACUUUACGAGAGUCUGGACGGGUACGGCCAAAUGCUCGCUUCAGAGGCCGGAAAAUUUGCGAGUCAGCGGCGCAGCGAUCGAUCGAGUCACUUACGAGAUCUGGUAUCCCACGAUCGACAUGCACGACAUGCCACAUUUCAAGCUCGAUUGGCCGGAACAGAUGAAUCUGGUCAUGGUGCCGAGGUACAUAGUGGAAUCGAGCGACGCCGCCCAGUACCUGACCCCGUCGAGAUUUUUCCAGUUCAAAAAGGUGUCGUCGCCGGUAGACACGGGAAUGCUCCUGAAAACGAUGGCCUCGGGCUCGGUCGUCGCUUGCAUGAUGUCGCCGGAUCCGUACGAUACCACUCAGGACGUGAUCUACUUGUGGUACGACAACAUUCUGCCGAACACGAUGUUUGGAAUCAUCGCUCACCACCCCACGAAUUUCCUGCUCCGAUUGUAUCAGGCCAUCGACCACGAGCUCGGCUUCUACCAGGAGUUCCGACACUUCGUGUCGCUGACGGCUUUGACGAGCACGCGGGAACGACUCGACCCGAACGCCCUUCCCGACGAUCUCUGGAAAGAGAGACUGCGACCGUCCUUCUGGCAGGGCACCCUCGAAUCCAAAGACUUCAGCGUGCCCGUAGAAUGGAUGGGCGGAAAGGAGGAAUGGAUGUGCAUAGAGCUUCCCUGCGAGUUGACGGAGCUAGAGAUGGACGAGCUCGAGUACAUAAAGAUCAUGCAGAUACCGCAGGGCAUGAAGAGGAUGAGCCUGCGAGUGGCGCCGCACGACCAGCUCGUGAACGCGGUCGUUCGCGAAUCGACCAUAGUCAAUGCCAGAUGGUUCAUCUUGAAUCUGGACCCAAGGGCCAGGGGCGUAAAGUUGCUGAAAAACAAGAUCGCGAACAAUUUUGUCGCAUACAUAGCUCUCGAAGAGUGCCAAACGCAAAUCGAAAGAAUCAUGAUCGUGACCUACAAUAGACGGUGGAAGAAAUUCAUCGGAAUGGUACCGAAUCAUCACGCGGACUUGGCUCCGUGCAGGCCGAAAAUCAUUACGGGACUGGAAAAUAUGUGGCAGGGCACCUUCGAACUGUUGUGGAACGUCGACGGACAGGCGAAGCUCUGCAUGCAAUUUGUCUUGAAUCAAGAUUUGGUGCACACCAGACCAUUAUUGACAUUAUUGGAGGGAUGCCCGCGAGUUUUUCGUGCUUUCUUAAUCAGUAGAGAGUUCAUGCAGGAUAACUUGAAGAGUCAUGCAUUAAAAAACAGUCAGAAGUUUUAUUUCGGUACCCGAGAAAAUCAAGACAGAGUGGCCCACUUAAGAAAAUUAAUGAAAGAAUUCGUGAUCAUUGCUAUUUUUCGGAGAAAUAAUAUCUUAGAAGUAUUGCUUUUUGAGCAAAAAUCCGGAGACGGAAUUUUUAUUGGAACUCUACCUCGAGACUCAAAUAAGUAUGCCACUCUCCUGACAAUCACUACUAACAAGUCCCCAAAAACCAUAUGCCCGGAAGAGUUGGUGAAAAUCAACUCGUCACCGCUUCAUGCGCCGAACUUUAAUAUUGAAUCAUCCAAGGAGUCAUUCCACAGGACCUUCCUAAAGGCGCUUGACGGAAAAGAAGCUUCGGAAUCUAGAUAUGUUCACCUCGUGAAAACAUAUUUAUGUCGAUGAAUUCUCGAUAUCAUAGUUUAAUUUUAACCGCUAGUAAAAUUUUAGCUGCGAUCGACGCAAUAUUUCAUUGUUUGAAAAUAAACGUUUCAACAACUAGUUUACAACAAAUUAAUUUUCACGAGAUAAUGACCAGGGGCUGUUUUAUCCUAACAUAUAACCAAAAUUUAAUUGUACAAUAAUUUUAAUUAAUACUCUUCUCAAAUUAAUGAUUGUACACAAUGAAUUCUUGUUCGUGGACUCGUCUCAAGAAUUCAUUAAAUUUCAUUUAAAUUUUAAAAAGAGUAUUUUAAUUAUAUAAAUAAAAGUUUCAGAGUAAUCAAGUCAAUGGAUGGAGUGACUACCAGUAGAUAAAAAAUUAAUUAUUGGCAUGGUUAUCUUAUUUUAUAUAUUUAUUUGAUAUAGUUAUGAUCAUUGAGCAUUGCAAAAUAGUUGCUAUGAUAAUCAUUAACAAUGAACGUCCAAUGAAAGCACAUCCAUUCUAUUGGUUUGAUUAUUCGAUUCAAAAUAAAAAAAUUACUUUUUCCACAAGCAACUAGGCUCGAAAGCAAUCUGUCACACCAACAAAAAUCCACCGCACGUGCGCGGCGCCGACGAUAUAUUCAAUUUCAACGGUGAAAGGAGUUUUGUAACGAUAUUUAAAUAGUUUCAGCAUAACCAAACCAAUAGACAAUGAUGUUAUUUUAAUAAUUAUCUAAUGAUUGUUUCUAUUUUGUUUACUCAAAAUACAUUUACUACUGUUAUUAAAAAAUAUUGCUAAGAUCACCGAA